CUGGGCUGGUCCUCUGUGUUUGUGUGCCUGCCCGGGCCCUGUAACGGCGAAAUCACUCCUCCCAGCCCGUUUACUCGCCUGCGGUGACAUCCACACCUCCACACAGUUCUGACUCACCCCAGAUCCCCUAGAGCCCUGGGGGAUCUAAUCCCCUCUAACCCCCCUUUCUCGUCCUCCUUCCAAACACUACUUCAGGGGCUGCCCGCAGGGCAUGCUGGUGGGGAAAGGGGGGCAGAGGUCAGUGGUUGCCAUGGUGACGGUGGCUACUUCUCUGCUGUAGCGUGCUAACGGACAGCAGGGUGGGUCUGGGCCAGUUGUAGAGGCGGGAGCGCCCCCUGGCGGGAUCUGGGAAGACUGCGCCUGCGCAGUAAGUAAUUUUUACCGCCGUGAGAAAACCUGUGAAGCUGUGCAGGUCGGUGGAGUUGCCAGCAGAGGGCCCACCUCCGGUAGGAGGGCUGCUUCUGGAAAUCCCAUGUCCCACGUGGGGCUUCUAGAGUGGAGCAGCUUUUGUGGCCAGUAACAUUUAUGCCUUUUAUUGAGCACCAGCUGUAUGCCUCAGGCUUUGCUUCAUUAUAAAGGCUUACAGGGUUCCAAGUCCCACUAGUUAAUUAAUUUCAUUCAAUAUGGUUCUAGGCACUUAGCAAAAUAUAUUUAUUGAGAGCUUCAUUUGUGCUAGAUCCUUUUCUACUAAUUGCUUUCACCUACAUAAUACCUAUUUAAGCCCUGUCCUGUUACCAGGCACUGUUCUAGUGCUUGAGCUAUGUCAGUGAACAAAAUAAACCAUUACACAGUAUUGAUAUUUAACAAACAUUUAUUGAGCACCUACUGUGCAUAAGGUACUAUUCUAAACUUGUGGCUGCUCGUUCUCGGGUCGUGAAAGAAUUCAUGCGUCAUGCAGAAAUACGGACGGAAGAUUUAUUAAAGAGAAGGGUCUGCUGGGCAGAGUCCACUGGAAACGACUGCAAACGACUGUGUCCAAUCUUGUCUGAAGUUUUAAAUUUUCUCAACAGGAUGUAAAUUGCUUUGCCCUGUAGUGGAAUUUUCUAUUGAGUUCGCCUUUGUUCCUUUAGGUGGGGGGAGGUGCAGUUAAGCUGUUUAUCGCCACCUUUGCAUAUGUUAUGUAGAUUUAAGUUGGCGCCAGGAGUGGAUCCCAUACAGAUGCAAAACCGCUCCCAAGUCCCAGGGCCAGCACUGGGGCUAAAGUAAACAGAACCAUUGAAACUGCAUAUUAAAUGUAUAGGAAGCAGAAUCUUUAACAUUUGCCGGAAAUGCAGCAAAGAAGGAAAACAAAGCUUUCAAAAAGUCCCAAGCUAAAUUAAACUUGUUAAAUCAAAUUAUACCAGAGCUCCAAAUCUCAUAAUAGAUUUAGUACCACCAUUACAAUCCUCCCUAUCUCAUCAUAAACUCUUUGGAGAUGUCAGUGGACAAAACAGUUAAAAAUUUAUGUAAUAGUGUCUUUCAUUAAGAACCACUUUUAUUCAAAUAUUUACUGAGCUCCUAUUAUGUGCCAGAUGUGCAUAAGCUUUUGACCUGAAUCACUUUCCCAAUGGCUGUGAGUUUGAGCCCUUAAGAUGAGGACACUGAGGCCCAGGGAAGGAAGUGGUUUGCUCAAGGCCACACAGUCGGGAGGCUGAGGGGCUAUGAUUUAAGUUCAGGUGAGAAGUCAGCCUCAGAGCUGCUGACCUGAUGUCUGUAUUCCCUUUUCUCUCCCUGUUUCUGCACCCCCCCCAGUCAGACUCAGUCUCGUGCCCACUGGAAGUGGAACUGCUGUGGAAGGUGGGUGCAGGUGGUGGACACCCUGGUGUGAUCCGCCUGCUUGACUGGUUUAAGACACCAGAGGGCUACACGCUGGUCCUCGAGCGGCCUUUGCCUUCCCAGGAUCUCUUUGACUAUAUAACAGAGCAGGGCCCAUUGGGUGAAGACCGAAGCCGCUGCCUCUUUGCUCAGGUAGUGGCAGCCGUUCGGCACUGCCAUGCCCGUGGAGUUGUCCAUCGUGACAUCAAGGAUGAGAACAUCCUGAUAGACCUCCGCCGGGACUGUAUCAAACUCAUUGAUUUUGGUUCUGGUGCCCUGCUUCAUGAUAAACCCUACACUGACUUUGAUGGGACAAGGGUUUACAGCCCCCCAGAGUGGAUCUCUCGUCACCAGUACCAUGCACUCCCAGCCACUGUCUGGUCACUGGGUAUCCUCCUCUAUGACAUGGUGUGUGGGGACAUUCCCUUCGAGAGAGACCAGGAGAUUCUGCAGGCUGAGCUUCACUUCCCUGCCCAUGUAUCCCCAGACUGUUGUGCCCUAAUCCGCCGGUGCCUGGCCCCCAAACCCUCUGCCCGACCCUCACUGGAGGAGAUCCGGCUGGACCCCUGGAUGCAGACAGCAGCUGAGGAUGCUCCCUCCAGCUCUCCUAAAGGGGGUCCCACUCCUUUGGCCUGGUCCCUGCUGCCCUAAUUGGGAUGGCCAUCCCAUGGCCAUGCCAAAGGGACAGAAGGACAUCUGUUGACCUGGUUUUACAGGCCAUCACAAAUCCAGUGUUAACUAGGGUCAGAGUUUGGGGAUCAGGGGUCAGAAGAGAUAAACCAAGUCUGCCCAGUCCCCAUCCCAAUUCUGCUAAGGAGCCCUCCCAGAAUUUACGGUUUCUUAUCUGGAGGGACUUCUUCUCAUUUUGCUAAGGAUGUUUACUUGGUUGAAGUUACUUCCCUUCUGAGUCCCAGGACUCUUACUCUGAUUUGUUACAACCCUUACACGGGCACCUCCUGCUACCACCACACAAACUUAGUUCAAAUGCUCUAACUUGGGCAAGGGUGCUUUCCUUUGAUACCCCAGCAGCUUUUACUUUAGUAAAGGGACCCUUUCCUCUAGCCUAGGGUCCCAUAUUCAGUCAAGCUGCUUGCCUACCUCAGCCCAAGGUUGCUUACUCUGGGGGAGGUAAUGCCCUAUUGUUAUCCCAGGGCUUAAAAAUAUUUUUUUUUAAUUUUGUUAUUUUUAUUUUUUAUUUUUUUUUGGUGAGGGGGACCCCACUGUGUUAUUCUAAGUGCUCUUAUUCUGGUGAGAACCCUACUUCCAUAAUUUGGGAAGGAAUGGGAGAUGGAUACCACUAAAGUCCACUAGGGUGGAGGGGUGUGUUUUUGGGGGGAAUGGGGUAGGGGAAAUAAGUCUUGUUGUUUGUUCACCUGGGGCCUCCCCCAUGUUUUUUGGAUUCUUGCUGCCUCCUUCUGAGCCAGGAUUGUCCAGUUGCUGAAAUGUAAAUACUUAUGUAUUGGGAGAAGGGAGCUCCAAAUGUGUCAUCCUCUCCCUUCUCCCCCUGCCUGGAUUAUUUAAAAAGCCAUGUGCGGAAUCCCACUAUUUAAUAAACUUAAUAGAAUCACAAGUGACCGGCCAUUUGUAGU